UACGCAUAAACCGGAAAUUAGAUGUAACAUUUCCGUCGCCGUGUUAGAGGUGAGUGAGAAGAAGCAAACAGGAGACAUUAAUGUGACUGGCAGAAGGGUAUACUGUCCUGUGUAGCUCAUCUGUGUCUUUGAGGAUGGACGGACAUCGCAUGUCUGAGAAGAUAUUACACCUGACCCUGGAGAUCAUCUACCUGCUGACCGGGGAGGAUUAUACAGUAGUGAAGAAGACAUCUGGUGAGCUUGUGACACACAGCAGCCUUCCACAUGUGUCAGGAGGACUGAGCAUGACCCAGAGCCCCAUCACGGUGCCUCCACCUCACUUGCUGUCACAUGAGAGACACCAUGAGCAGAAGAUCCUGGAACUCACCCACAAGAUAAUUCAGCUGCUGACUGGAGAGGUUCCUAUAAGGUGUGAGGAUGUCACUGUCUAUUUCUCCAUGGAGGAGUGGGAGUAUAUAGAGGAACACAGGGGUCUGUACAAGGACGCGAUGAUGGAGAAUCACCGGCCCCUCACAUCACUGGAUGGGGCCAGUAACAGGAAUACCCCAGAGAGAUGUCCCCAUUCUCUUUAUUCCCAGGAUCAUACAGAGGAGAAUCACAGUGUCCCACAGGAGGGUCAGGUGAAAGAUCUAAUUAUUAUUAAAGCAGAAGAUAUAAAAGAGGAAGAAGAGACGUAUGUGAUGGGUGAUCAGCCGUGUAAGGAGGAGGAAAUCCCUACAGGUAUAGGCACAGAUUGGUCCAGUAACAGAAAUACCCCAGAGAGAUGUCCCCAGCCUCUUCAUUCACCGGAUCAUACAGAGGAAUUUCACAGUAUCCCACAGGAGGAUCAGGGGGAAUACUUGUCUGGUCUUAAAGUAGAAGAUAUAAAAGAGGAAGAAGAGAAGAGUGAUCAGCAGUUUGAGGAGGAGGAAAUCCUUACAGAUAUCAGCACAGCAGACAGUCGCAAUGGUCAGAAUACCUCAGAGGAACAUCUCAUUUUAUAUCCAGACGUUAAAAAAGAUGAUGACAUCACAGGACGAUCUCCGAGAGAAAAUCCAAUCACUCUAAAUGCAUAUCCAGCACAUGACAGUGUACAUGUAUCUCCUGAUCCCGCUAAUCACGGAGAAUGUUCUCCAGAUAACUGUAACAAUGUUCCACAUGGUGCAGCUCCUGAUAACAAGUUUCCCUGUCCUGAAUGUGGUAAAUGCUUUAGAUAUAAGUCGUACCUUGUCAGACAUCAAAUAAGUCACACAGGGGAGAAGCCAUUUUCCUGUACUGACUGUGGCAGGUCAUUUUUAUUUCAAUCAGGCCUUGUCACACAUCGGAGUACUCACACAGGGGAGAAGCUAUUUUCCUGUACUGACUGUGGCAGGUGCUUUGUAUAUAAAUCAACCCUUCGCAGACAUCAGAGAACUCACUCAGGUCAGAGGUCAUUUUCAUGUUCUGAGUGUGGGAAAUGUUUUGUACAGAAAUCAGAACUGGCUGAACACCACCGAACUCACACAGGUGAGAGGCUGGUGUCAUGCUCCGAGUGUGGGAAAUGUUUUACAUUGUUAUCACUUCUUAUUAGACACCAAAAAACUCACACAGGAGAAAAACCGUUCCCGUGCUCUGAAUGUGGGAAAUGUUUCAGAGUGAAACAAAAUCUUAUUGGCCACCAGAGAAUCCACACAGGAGAGAAGCCAUUUGUGUGCUCCGAGUGCGGGAAAAGUUUUGUUGUGAAACAAAGUCUUAUUGGCCACCAGAGAAUCCACACAGGUGAGAGGCCAUUUACAUGCUCUGAGUGUGGGAAAUGUUUCAGAGUGAAACAAAAUCUUAUUUACCACCAGAGAAUCCACACGGGAGACAAGCCAUUUAUAUGCUCAGAGUGUGGGAAAUGCUUUGCACAGAAAUUCUGUCUUACUGCCCACCAGAGAACCCACACAGAUGAGAGGCCAUUUACAUGCUCUGAGUGUGGGAAAUGUUUUAAACAAAAUUCUAACUUUAUUAGACAUCAGAGAACUCACACGUGACACACCCUCCCAGUGAUCUGAAACAGGAUUGCAGCAAUAUUUAUGCUUGUAUACGCAUAGUAUAAUGGGCGCUGAUGUGUCUGCAGAAGGCAACAAUUUCUGAUGGGAUCUGGACACAUCCGGGUGUUCCUUGCUGUGUGUGGUCCAAAUGCCAUGAGAUUUAUGUUAUGCAGGAUGUGGGCUUAAUGGGUGGAGAUUACAUAAUUAGAGGGGCUUUCUCAGCACUUGGCCCUGCAAAAGAGCCUGGUGUUCGUUAGAGAUGGCCAAGGUCAGGCCUCUGACCUAUACUGUUAUAUGGCCCCCUGGGCCCUCCAGGUAUAUACGGUAUGGAUUUAGAAAGGAAGAGGAGAGUUUAGGUGAUUACAGUAUGUAAAUAUAUAUAACACCUUACAGAGGUGUCAGUAUGGAAUCUUAUUUCUCUGACGUCCUAGUGGAUGCUGGGAACUCCGU